AUGGAAUUUACCCAAAACCAGAGAAGCAAAAUCAUACAGUGAAACUACUCCACGGUGACUGAAUUUAUCCUGCUGGGACUCACAGACCAAGCAGAGCUGCAGCCCGUCCUCCUCAUCUUCCUAGUCAUCUACCUCAUCACCAUCACUGGGAAUGUGACCAUGAUUCUCCUUGUCAGAAGCGACCCAAAACUCCACAGCCCCAUGUACUUCUUCCUCAGCCACCUCACCUUUGUGAAUCUAUGUUAUGCAACUACUGUCAUUCCCAAGAUGCUGGUGAAUUUCUUAUCCAAGAGGAAAACAAUCUCCUUCAUUGGCUGUAUGAUACAAUUCAACCCUUUCAUUGCCCUGGGGAUCACAGAUUGAUAUAUGCUCCCAGUGAUGGCUAACAACUGCUACGUGGCCAUCUGCCAGCCCUUCCUGUAUGACAGCAAAAUGUCCAGGUGUGUCUGUCUCUCUCUUGUGGCUGCUCCUUACCUCUAUGGCUGUGCAAAUGGCCUGGCACAAACCAUCCUGGUGCUUCUUCUGACCAUCUGUGGACCUAAGGAGAGCAACCACUUCUAUUGUGCUGAACCCCUGCUCAUGGUCCUGGCCUGCUGAGACACGUAUGUUAAGGAGACUAUGAGCAAAUUCAGCCACAGCACAGGCACAGAAUCUGUCUUGCUGGGGCUCACAGAUUGCCUGGAGCUCCAGCCUCUGCUCUUGGCGCUCUUCCUGCUUGCUUCCCUUGUCACCACACUAGGCAACCUGGGAAUGGUAGAGCUGAUUGGACUGGACUCUCGCCUUCACAUGCCCAUGUACUUCUUCCUCACUCACCUGGGCCUGGUGGACCUGUGCUACAUCUUCAGCGCUACCCUGAAAAUGCUAACCAAUUUCCUAUCAGAUAGGGAGACCAUUUCCUUUGCUGGCUGCUUCACCCAGUAUUACGUUUUCAUUGCCCUUCUGCCCAUGGAGCUUUCCAUGCUGGCUGUAAUCAUCUAUGACCACUACAUGGCCAUCUGCUUGCCUCUGCACGACACUGUGAAGAUGUCUUGGCCUGUAUGCAUCAGUCUGGCCACCCUGCCCUAUGACCACAACUUCUCAGAUGGGCUGCUCCAUAUCAUCCUGACCUUCCGCCUGACCUUCUGCAGGUCCAGUGUCAUCAACCACUUCUACUCCGUGGACCCAACCCUCAUUAAGCUCUCUUACUCAGACUCUUAUGUCAAGGAAUAUGCCAUGUUCAUCUCGGCAGACUUCAAUCUGUCCACCUCCCUCAGCAUCAUCCUGGUGUCAUAUGCCUGCAUCGUCACUACCGUUCUUAGGAUCCUGUCUACAGAGGGCCAGUGCAAGGCCUUCUCCAUCUGUGGUUCUCACCUGACAGGUAUCACCUUAUUUUAUGGGACUCUCUUCUGCAUAUAUAUAAGGCCACCAAUAGAUGAGACUGUUGAAAAGUCCAAAAUAAUAGCUGUCUUCUGCACCUUCAUCAGUCCCACAGUUAAUCUAUUAAUGUACAGUGUGAGGAACAAAGAUGUGAAACAGGCUCUGAAGGAUGUCAUCAGAUGUAAUAUCCGCCAGGACAGUGUCAGUGCUUCCACUUUUCAGUAA